UGAAAAAGAAGUUGAAAUGGGACUACUGAUUUUAAAUGUAUUUGUAGUAUUAACUACAGUACAUUUAAGUACAAUGUUUAAUUUGAGAACACCAGUGAUUACAUUAGAUGACACCAAUACAAAACUUUUGGAUUCAUUUCUGCGUAUACACAUUGAAUCACUAACACUACAACUCAUCAAUCGAACAAUUCUGGAGAAAGAGCAGUUGGAACACAAUUGUAUCCAACAAGUGAACAACACUAUAGAUAUUUGCAUAACGUGUAUGCAUACUUGUGAUUCAGCACAACCGCCACCAGUACAUUAUAUUCAAAGUGAGGCUCACUCAUCUGGGAAUGAACUAAAGGUGAUACUGAAGGGAAUCAUAAAAGAUCCUCUAGGAACUGCAAUCGACUUAGUAUUUGAUCUUGGAGUUGGUAAAAUUACUGAUGCCGUGCAACAUGGCGUUGAGCAUGUCGUACAUGAGCUUGGACAUGGGGCUGAACAUUUAGGUAAAGAGUUGGUUCAUGGGGUUCAACAUGUCGGCGAGGAGUUGGGGAAAGGAGUUGAGCAUUUGGCACAUGAGCUAUCACACGGUGCGGAACAUGUUGCACAUGAAAUAGGACAUGGAGUACAACAUCUCGGCCAUGAACUUGAUCAUCUGGGUCAUGGAGUUGAAAGUGUUAUACAUGAUUUAGGUCACGGUGUGGAACAUAUUGGUCAUGAAAUUGAACAUGGUGUUCAUCAUAUCGGUCAUGAAAUCUCGCAUAUAUUAGGAAAAAGACAAAGUUGUGGUGACAGAUGUCCUGCAUGUAAUAAUGUAAAAAGUAAAAAUCUAAAUGCAAUCAAAUCUAAAGUUUGCGGAAGUUCAUAUGUAAACAGGAUAUCAACUUUAGAUGCACUAGAACCAAAAAUUAGAAUAGUUGCUGCAGCAUUAAAGAACAGAAUUAUCCAAAAAGUCGAGUAUGACCCAACAUCGCUUGAUCCUGCUACAGUUCAAUUCAGGAAUGUCUACGUAACAGCAUUCAUGAAAGGUUCCUUAACUCGCUUCAAAACAAAAGCACCAUACCAGAUGAUGCACAUGGAAGAUACAGCUUCACACUGGGCAUCGGAAGCAUUGACUAUGUUUAUUGAUUAAAAUAAUAUUAUAUGAAUAAAAGAAUCAAUUACAAUUA